AUGGCUUCCGCUGCUGCUAAGCGUCUGGCUGGUAAGACAAUACUCAUUACAGGCGCCUCAUCAGGCAUUGGGCGAUCUACCGCUUUGGAAUUCGCUCGCACUAGCCGAGACAAUUUGCGCAUCAUCCUUACGGCUCGUCGCAUUGACUCACUGAACGAACUGGCCUCUCAAAUCACGCAAGAGGUUGGCCAGGGCGUCAAAGUACUCCCUGUGAAGCUUGAUGUUAGCAAUCCUGAAGAUGUCCGUGGCUUCGUCGCAAAUCUGCCUGAGGGAUGGCGGGAUAUCAAUAUUCUCGUCAACAAUGCCGGCCUUGUGAAAGGUGUCGCACGUGCCCCUGACAUUAAUGAACAGGAUGUAAAUAUCAUGUUUGCAACCAAUGUCACAGGGUUGAUCAAUAUGACUCAAGCCAUACUACCGAUAUUUCAACAGCGUGCCAAUGGUGGACAGGGCGAUAUCAUCAACGUAGGGUCCAUUGCAGGACGUGAACCGUAUCCUGGAGGCUCCAUUUACUGCGCGACCAAGGCUGCAGUUCGUAGCUUCACCGAGAGCUUACGAAAGGAGCUUAUCGCGACUCGCAUCAGAGUUAUUGAGAUAGAUCCCGGCCAGGUCGAGACGGAGUUUUCACUUGUCAGGUUUGAUGGCGACAAGGCGAAAGCCGAUGCAGUAUAUGCUGGCUGCGAGCCUCUUACACCAGAUGACAUUGCAGAGGUGGUUGUUUUCACAGCCACACGCCGCGAAAACCUCGUUGUCGCUGACACUCUUGUGUUCCCUAAUCAUCAAGCAUCGGCUCUCAUCUUCCAUAGGAAAAAUGAAAGAACCUAG